AUGGCUGAGGGGAAUGCGUCUGAUGGGUGUAGGAAAUUACGAUCAGUGUUCGGUGAUGUCACAAAUCAGCUUGGCAAGAGGAGAUCUUCAGAGAAAGAAACAUGUGGGAUUAAGAGAAAUAAUUUCAAAGAUCAAGAUAGGGUUAAACAGGCACGUGUUUUGCCUCGCCCGUGUACCGAGAUUAACUCAUUGAAAGGGAAUGUUAUAUCGAGUAUUUCAAAAGUGCCCAAUGAAAAAAAGGACGCAGAUGCUUUAGAUUUAUGCAAGGAUUCUGCUGUCUCCAAGAGCACAGCUGAAGUUGAAGAUGUCUCGAAAAAUAGUGGCAAAAGUGACCAUUUUAAAAAAGAGAAGAAUGUUAAAAGGGGUAGUUCAAGAUCUCUUGAUGAAAAUAAGGACCCCAAGAUUUUGGAUCUUAGUAGUGAGGAUGCUGUUUCCAAGAUGGUUAUUCAAGGUGAUGUAAUUGAUAAUGACAUUGCAGAUCGCUGCAAUCAGAUUGAUUCUUUUAAGGACAGUGCUAUAUCAUGGAUGGGUAAAAUGGUGAGUGGAAAUAGUGUGGACCCUAAUGUAGCAGAACUUGGUGCUGCCAGAGCUUUUAAUCAUAUUGAAAUUGAGGCUGAUGUUCGUGAUGAGAUAGAUUCGUCAAAGGAGAAUGUGAUUCGAGGGAUUCCAAAUAUGGAUGGUGAAAAGAAGUGCUCCAGCUUGAUUGAUACUGGCAGUGGCAGAGUGGCUGAGGUUAUUGUGAGCAAUUCAGGUGAUGGUGCAAUGCACAAUUCAAAAAUAUCCAGCAAAAAUGAGAACCAAAAUUUGUUAGAUCUUGACAAGGGCAAAGGUCUUCAUGGUAUAAAUGCUGAAGCUAUUAAUGAGUUCAUUGACAGUUUUAUUACUAAAAUCUCGGUUCCGAAUAGUGAAACUGGUGGUGAUAGUGUUCUUGAUGGAAAGAAUUGCAACGAUGAUGAAGCCAAAGUCAGUUAUGAAGGCACUCAAAGUGAAACUGAUCGUCAAACUUAUGGGGAUGAUGAUAAUGUUGAUAGUUACGUCUUGAGUCAGUCUGGGUCUAUUGACUGUAAUGUACUACCUGAGUCACAGGAAUCUAGAGUAUUUGGAUUAGAGAGAUGCACUGAACUUAAAAAGGGCAGUGAAUGUGCUAAUAUGAGUGGAGGGAUUGACUUGAUCAAAGCAUGCUCUUGUUCUUUUUGCACAAAAGCUGCUUAUAUAUGGUUGGACCUCCACUACCAGGACACCAAGGCUCGAAUAUCUGCAAUAAAGAAGAGCCAAAAAGAAGCAAGCAUUUUAGCUGCAAGAAGCUGCAGGAGUAAGGCAACUGAUAAACAUGGUCUUGGAAACUCCUCUAGAGUUUCAAAGUUGGAAUCUGAUCUGAUGCAUCAGUGGAGGUAUCUCUUUCAACACAUGGUGGACACAUGCGAGCACGAGUCUAACCAGCUUGAAACUAAUCUACUCCCACUAAUGGAGUUGAGGGAGCAAUGCAGGACAGAUUUGGAGCACAUUAACGCUUCAUCUUCAGAGAAGCGUUAG